AUGCAAGGCAUGGGACCACUGGCAUGUGCAAAUGACCGGUGCCCAUACCAGGUCAGCCGAUCGGAUCCCUUCGGUGGCUUCUGCUGUAAGCGAUGUCAUGCCUCAUGGAGAAGUGGGCAACAAGUCCAGCAUGGCUUUCGCUGUGAGCAGCGCACCGCCGCCGCACACAUGCCGCGGGCUGCCCCGGUUCCACCAGAUGAUCCACUUCCGGUGCCCAAACGCCGCAGAGGUGGCCGCAAGAGGAAGGUUUGGCCCGAUUCGCCACGGCACGCAGAGCCAGCCCAAAGCAGGAGUCCGGAUUCACCGGAGGCACCAGAAGCACCGGAGGCACCGGAGGCACCGGAGGCGCCGGAGCCCCCGCGAGCGCUGCUUACAGCGUCGUCCUCCGUUUCCUUUGCCCGCCAGCGCUCCGAGACCGUCGCUGAAAGGCCCCAGAAGGAGCGGCUGCACGGCUUCCAAGCGCGCCCGCUGUGGCGCCUCUGCCCCCCACCGACCAAGCACAGCGCGUAUGGUGAGCCCGAGCCUGACUUAGAGGAGGAUCGUGAAAAGCCAAUCGCCCGUGUGCACCGUGAACGUCUGCCCCAGAACAAGGAGCCGUCAGGCCAAGCCUCAUCGGCGGACCGCGUCGCAGCAGACUCGCCGGUGCCGGUUGGCAGGCCAAGCAGCGAUGGACUGCACUUUAACCUCGCAGCCCUCGCAGACAGCAGCUGGGCAGAUGAGCUGGUGUCGGUGUGCCAGGAGGCCAUGAGGAGCGGCCCCCUUGUGGCCCAAAACGGUACCAGCUCCGAACCUUCUCCCAGCUCUUUGCCGGCCGGCGCUUCGACUGCCUGCGCUGCCCGCAAGGGGAUGAGGAGGAGGUGGAUGGGGCUUGCGCCCUGCGAAGAGGACGCAGAGAGGUCGGAAGGCGGCUUCGCCAACGAAAAGCGGGUCCUGGCCGCCUCGGAAAGUCUUCAAGUGCAUUCUGCGCAUGCCAUAGUGAGGUGGAAGAUCAGGCGGCACGAGUUUCGGCAUUGGGCUGCUGUCGUGGGAAGUGUUUUCCGUAUCUUCUGA